AUGGCAGAGCCAGCCCAGGUGCCCCUUUCACGUCUGGUGGUACCGAUCCUCCUGGCGCUCGGCUGGAUCGUGGGCUGUGCACUAAUGGUUUAUAUUGUCUUCUCCUGA